ACCCGUGACUUCCGCGUUUUUCCUCUGUCUGAAACUGCCCACGGCAAACGGCCCUAUUAAAGCAGUGAUGGAGGCUGGAGGGGCAACAUUCACAACCACGCGAGCUUGCAUUCGCACUUUAAGCUUCUUAUGAUCCCACAAGUGAAGAUCGGACAUCAUACAUCCUGACUAAUGGCACAUCAAACUCCAAAACUAGACGUAGAGUCUCUCCAGACAAGUGAGCGCCACCGUGGGAAAUGCUUGGACAUUUUUCUCCUCACGUCCGUCCUUUUUCUGUUCGUGGCGGUGACAUCCUUGGCAGUUGUCGGAGGGAUGGUUGUGAUGAGGCUGCAGUCCAACCAGGAGCCUCGGUUGCACAUCAUUCCGGAGGGCUCCCAAAGACUGACAGGACACACGCCUUCUCCUGCAUACAAGAUGCAGAAUGUUGCUUAUCUGGGUGCAGAAUCAAGUGUCUUGGACAACGGCACUCUGAAGUGGGCUACAAUCAAAUACGGUGAAGGGACAUCUGUAGGGAGCAACUUUGAAUUCAACCCAAACCAACACUCCCUAAGGCCGAAGCAGGCCGGGACCUACUUCAUCUACAUCAGUGUCAACGUGUCCUGCUCCUUCAAAUGUAAAGCGGGCAAGCUCAGGCUCAUAGUGAGCGACAAGUUAAGCUGUGAUGUGGAUCUUACUGCAAAUACAGCAUCUGUGAGCAAGAAAUGCUGGACUGUGACUCGAUUGAACGGGGAAGGACUGAUCACUUCGACGAUUGUGCCAAAGGAGGGACUAAAGGACUGGAAACUGGAGCUUCCUGGCUCCCAAUUUGGAAUGUUUCUUGUAGACUGAUUUACUGGGGUGCAACCGCAGCCAUCUCAUUGCAGAUACCUGUGACCUGUGGAUCAUAGCUAUCUGCAGGCUCAAGUUUGUUUUUUUUGUUUUUUCAUUGGUAGGUACUAGCUGGCUCUGGUGCUUUUUUUUAUUUUUAUUUUUUUAUCUUUAAUGUGGUUUCUUUCACCUUAAAUUUUUUUAAGGUGGAAUGUCAGGAAACAUUUAAGUGAUAUUGAUAUAACUUCAGACUGACCUCCUACGGUGUAAAUAUGUAAAAUUAUUUCUCAUUAUAUUUAUUUAAUGAUAUGCAACUAUUUAUGUACCUAUGAAUGUUAUAUUUAGAUGUCACUACAUUUCUCUGGAUGUGCAAUAUACUUGUGGUUAAACGUGACUUUAUAGUUCUGUUUUCAUUCUGUUCAAAGCUGCGACACAACACGGUUUGUUCAAGAAUACACGGGUCAGCAUCAAGAAAUCCUAACAAUCUACUUGAGAUCCACUUGAGUGAAUUGGUGUAAUUUAAUCACUAACUAAUGAUGAGUACAGCGUUCACAGAAACCAAGGUCGACUUCAGACAAAAUUUGAUCAGAAUGCCUGAAAUCUUUUAAAUCUGAUUGUUUAGUUUUGUACUAUACAUGCUGAAAGUGGGUAUCAUGAGCUCAAGCAGGGUUCUGUUCAUUAAAAUGAAAUAUGUAAGUCCUGUGGACAAUUUACUCAAUGCUGAAUUUAAUUUAUUAUAAUCCAUAAUAAACAUGGUUAAUACCGAAUUAAUGGUGGUGUCAAUGAUUUAUAU